GGGUUCUCCACGAGCGCGCAUGCGCUUUGCAACUGCCCCUUCUCACACGUGUGCCGGCUCUUCAGCUCGGGGGGCACCAUGCCGAAAGUGAAGCGCUCGAGGGGUUCCGGCGGGGCGGCGAAGGCGGCGUCCGUUCCGCUGGCCGAGCAGAUCCUCCAGGGCGACUCCGUGAAGCCCGUGACGAGGGUGAAGCGCCGGGGCAAAGCGGGGGAGCAUGGCGGCGGCGGCGAGGACGAGUACGUGGACGAGAGGCUCUCCCGGAGGAUCCUGGAACAGGCUCGGAUCCAGCAAGAGGAGCUGGAGGCCGAGCACGGCGCCGCGGGCGGAGGCGAGCCCGAGAAGGCGAAGACCACCGUCCUGGGUGAGCUUCCCGUGGGCUCGCCGGGGUCUCUUCUUCUCCGCGAGGAGGCUGGGCCGCAGCUUAGGGUGGGGUGGGGGUCACUUGCUUUGCUUGACUCCAACCCCCUGCACCUUCAGGUGGGGCUGGGAAGGACCCCACUCUGAGCGCCAGCCUCCUCCUCCCCGCUUGGUUCCCUCCAGGUGGCGCUGGGCUGCAACAUCUGCUCUUGCUAAUGCCAUCCCUGAAGGAGCGUCUCCACCCCCAUCGUUCAACCGGGACACUGAGGUCCAGCUCCGAGGGUCCUCUGCUGGUUCCCUCACUGCGAGAAGCGAGGUUGCAGGGAACCAGGCAAAGGGUCUUCUCCGUAGUGGCGCCUGCCCUGUGGAACUCCCUCCCACCAGAUGUCAAGGAAAUAAACAACAGUCAUACCUCGGGUUACAGACACUUCAGGUUGCGUUUUUUUGGGUUACGGACUGCCGAGACCCGGAAGUACAGGAACGGGUUACUUCUGGGUUUCGGCAGUCACACAUGCACAGAAGCGCUAAAUCGCGCUUUGCGCAUGCGCAGAAGCACCGAAUCACAACCUGCACGUGGGCAGAUGCACUGCUGCGGGUUGCAAAUGUGCAUUCCGCAUGGAUCACGUUUGCAACCCGAGCAUCCACUGUAUCUGACUUUUAGAAGACAUCUGAAGGCAGCCCUGUUUAGGGAAGUUUUUAAUGUCUGGUGUUUUAUUGUAUUUUUAAUAUUUUAUUUGAAGCUGCCCAGAGUGGCUGGGGAAACCUAGCCAGAUGGGUGGGAUAUAAAUAAAUUAAUAAUAAUAAUAAUAAUAAUAAUAAUAAUUUAUCAUAGAUGGGGCUGGUGGGAGUUGUAGCUUAUAAAACUCUGGGAGGCCUGUGGACCAACCCGAUAGGCAGUGCUUAGUGGCCAGAGAAUGCUAACCCACUUGGUUGGGGGAGGAACAGAAAAAUGUGACAAGAUAAUGGGAAACAGAAUUUUUGGAAUAGAGUUGGAAGGGACCCUGAGGGUCAUCUAGUUCAACCUCCUGCAUUGCAGGAAUUUCAACUAAAGCAUACCUGAUAGAUGGCCACCCAGCCUCUGCUUUAAAACCUCUCGUGAAAGAGAGUCUACCAUUUUCCAAGGGGGUCCAUGAGGUUUACCCUCCAGAGCAGGAGAAAACGAACUUGCUCCAUCUUCCAUGUGACAGCCCUUUAGAUAUUUGAAGAAGGAGCAUUUCACACUUCAGUGCUUUGUUGCAGGUUCCAUGUGUUAUAGUUAUAACUUUUUUUUGUUAAGUUUCCGAGACCUGAAAGAAGUAGCUGCAUAGGAAGCUGCAUUAUACUAAGUCAGACCAUUGUUCCACCUUACUCAGUAUUUUUGACAGCAACUGGCAGUGGUUACUGACAGGGGACAUUCCCAGCCUUAGCUAGUGAUGCCAAAUAUCAAACCAGGGCAGACGCUCUACCACUGAGCCAGGAUUUGUUUAUUCUGAUGAAAUAUCCAAACCUGUAUUUGUUCUACUCUUUCCAGGACCUUCCUCAAAGGACAGAGAUUCAGAUACAGAUGAUGAUGAGUGGCCAACACUGGAGCAAGCUGCAGCGAUGGGGAAGGGAGAGUACUGUGAUGAGGUAACUGUGAAUCCAGAGGAUGAAAAAGCCAUUGAGAUGUUCAUGAACAAGAAUCCACCACUGAGGUAAACACUGGAGUGCUCAAAUCCUGACAGUUGCUUAGACUUUAUUUUUUAUGUUGCAGUAUUUAUAGAUUGCUUAGUGGUAAAAACUUAGACAUGAAAAGCAAGUUGACAAACAAAAAUAUAAAUCAAAUCAGCAGUUUUAUACCCACACACUAUACAUGUCAACUUUACAUGUCUGGGUAGGCUUCCCUAAACAUAAAUGUUUUUAGCAGGUGCUAAAACACUAUACAAAGAAGGUACUUGCUUAAUGUCAAUGGGCAGGGAGUUCCAUAGUGUAAGGAACCAAACUUUCAGUACGGAAGUACCUACAAGCACAGAAUGGACAUUGUGUGGGACUUGUAAAAGUGCCUGAGUGAGCAUAUGUGGAGUAAAGCUGUUAAUGUUUUUGUCUCUGAGUGAAUUGAACUUGAAUUAGGCUAUGUUGUUUGACAGCCAUCUGGUAGGGAAGAUGUGUGUAUACUCUUUCCCUUACCCCCUUGUCCAUUCUCAUUUAUGCAGUUUUUAAGAAUGUGUAAUGUCCUACUUCUUCUGUGACAGUUAUCCAGUGUAAAAUUAAUUGUGAGCCAUUUCCUUUCUGGAAGGGAAGUAAGGCUCGUUGAACUGUGUACAGGACUGUAAAACUAUUUGAAAUUGUUAGGCUUCUAGGUGACUAAGUUAUCUUUGCUAUAUGGUUUUACCUCCACCCCCACUCUGAGUUUUAUCACUUCAAUGAGCCCUGGGUGCAAGUGCCUAUUUUGUAUUGGUUAUACUUGAGUGGGUUCUGAGUGAAGAAAGAGAAUAUGAUAGAGUUUCACAGUGGUUGUUUUCCUUCCUUAUGAUCAUUUGUGGUGCUGUAUGUGCCUGUGGUACAUGCAGAUAGUCCACGAGUGGCAAAACCUUGACUCUCCAGAAGUUGCUGUACUGUAGUUUCCAUCAGCCCCAGAAAGCAUGGCCAAUGGCCAGGGAUGAUGGGAGUUGUAGUUCAGCAACAUCUGGAGGGGCAAAGGUUGCCCACGUCUGAUAGCGUUCCCCAUAACCUGUAGUCUCUGGACACACAGCAGAUCUUGGUGCUGCUUUCUGAGGCCACUGACAUCCCAGCAACAACUGCAGUCUUAUGUAGGGGAAUUAAAACUUGUUGUCAAGCUGGCUGUACAGGAAAAAUAUUUGAAUUUUUUAGGCCCCCAGGUGACUAGGUACCUUGUGUUUUUCUAUAUUGGACUAUCUGCACAUUUUUGCUAAUGUAUGCGGAGAAGGAAACAAUUGAGUAGAAGCCAUUUAGUAUUACAGUGAUACUUUUAUGUGUGAACUGACCCUUAACAGAAUAUCUCAUCUAAGAAUUCUGGCACUGCUUUGCUUAUGGAACUGGCAUGUUUUCAUCUCAGCAAUAAGUAAAGCAAGCUAGCACCCAAGUAUACUUUUCAAUUCUGUUCUUAUUUUUGUUUUAACCAGCAGAUGGUGCUUUAGUUAUUAUUUUAGGCAUGCCAUCUUUGAUACUGCACGGUAGCAGGAAGCACAAUUUUCAGCCCAUUCUGUUUGGCGUGCCCAGUAAUGACCAAGUUUCCUUUCUCCAAGAUUGGAAUGCAGAGCAGGAACCUAUGGCCCUCAUAUGACUUACCCAUGUUAGAAUUUCUUCAUGCAAAAUAGAUUUGGGCUGACACCUCUCUUUUGGCAUCACGUUAUUUUUGUGAAUUGAAAUUUUAAUUUAACCUUUAAAACUUUUGAGAGCUGCCCGUUCUUGUUGUCAAUAUCUUCAUUGAGCUAGAACCCCAAGAUCUUGUCCUCAGCAGAUGCCUGUUGCCACCUUCAGGCUUGUUUGUAUUGCACAGCAGCCUUUUUCACUGAACAGUACCAGUAUGGCAGACAGUUCACUUAGCAAAGGUGGGUAGCCACGUGAGCAAGGGAUAUCACAUGUGGAAACUUCAUCUCUCCUGUUAAAUUCUAGGCUGGGAAUCAAUCGUAUUGUUGCCUCUGCUGCUUUGAUUUGCCAAUGAGCUUUCUAAGUUCCCUGAUCCAUAUUGUUUCCUCUGGAUACCCAUUAGGCGCACCUUGGCAGACAUUAUCAUGGAGAAGAUCACUGAGAAGCAGACAGAGGUGGAAACUGUGAUGUCCGAAAUAUCUGGUCGGCCCAUGCCACAGCUUAAUCCCCGUGUCCUGGAAGUCUACAAGGGUGUCAGAGAAGUAAGAGUAAUGCUACUUCUGUGCAAAUAGGUGUGUGUGCUUCUGCACACAUCAGGUUGGACUUAGUCCAGCUGCUGCAGCGUUUAGAAAUCUUAGUUUUGGGCAACUCUUUGCUUGCUCUGAUUCACCACCCAUAGCAUGAUUGGUGUGGGUGGGGAACAGCUAAUGGCUGUGUUUCCAUACUGGCACUAUAGGUUAAGAUGAUGCAUUAUACAUAUGAAUAUUAACUAGAAUUUGUUUCCAUGCUGAUAGACUGGUACAGAUUUUGCUAGUAUGUGGAAAAUUAAGAAUAUCCUAUCUGAAUGCUUCUUAAAAUACAUUCACUGAAGAUCUCUUAAACAAUGGGUAUAAACCCUGGAAUAAAGUAGCCUUGUCUGCUUGUCCGUGUUAAAUUCAUCUCUCUCUCUCCCCCCCCAUUUCUUUUUCAGGUGCUGUCAAAAUAUAGGAGUGGGAAACUGCCUAAAGCAUUCAAGAUCAUCCCAGCCUUGUCCAACUGGGAGCAGAUCCUGUAUAUCACAGAGCCUGAAACGUGGACAGCAGCUGCCAUGUACCAGGCAACAAGGUAGGACUCCAUCUGUGACACUGCAGGGAAUAAUGUGUUGUCUUGAAGGUUUCAUCCUGCCCCAUCCCAUGAGCUGCCACAAUUCCUUUGAUUCUUUCAUUUUGCUCUGCUCAUCCUGCAGUAGAUCGAAUAGCCAAAAUACAGCACUAUGCAGCAGAUGAGUCCUUAUGUUCAAUGACAUACAGAAAUGAAAGUCCUUGUUUCAAUAAUACUGAUACUUGUUUCUGCAAUAUCACUGUCCUACACGUGGGAAAAGUAAAUGUGUGGAUUGAUUACAGAGCAGUUUGUGUUUAUAUUUCCAAUAGCUCCUUUUCUUUCAUUUGGGAUCAUAGCACUACACUGCACUUUUUAAUGCAUGCACAUACACAUCACCCUGUGCUUAAGUUUGCUGCUUUUCAGAAGUGGAACCCUCCCCCCAUCAAAUCCUGGGCCACAAGAUCAGAUUCUGCCCCCUGCCCCUCUCCCCAGUGUGUGAGCAGUCAGGUUGCUUUGAUCUCACCACCAGCACCCCUCCUCUCAUGUACUCAACUACUCCUGCCCAGUAUUGCAGUGCAUGAGGCUCCUCUUAUAAAAAGAAACCUGUUAUUUGACAAAGCGUAUCCAAGCAGGAACAAAGAUAAUAUGCAGUGUCUGAUUAAAAAAUGACCUUUCUAUCUAUGGCAGCGUUUGAAUGACCCUUGUCUGAACGAACUGUUAAGAAACUAGCAAAAAGGUAUGAAUUGUUGUAAGAAAGUAUUAGAAAGUACAGAAAGAGUAAGGUAAUAAUGAUAAGUACAUUCAUCACCAGAAAGGUUAUAUGCAUCGGGAAAUGAUAGGAAGUCUAUUCUAUGUUAGCAAAAAGAUAGGAAAAAACAGAUUGCAUAAAUUUAAUUUAAAUUUGAUUUUUGUAAAAAUAUAUAAGAUUAUUAGUACAUGAUUGUUUUCAUCUUGGUAUAUUGUGCAUGUUAUCUAUGAAUUUCAAUAAAGUAUUUAAAAUGGGGGGGGGAGAGACUUUUCUAGCACCAUGUCUUUGAGCCAGGAGGACCUGAAACAGCGCAUUAGGACCCAGAGCUCUUGAGAUACAGCACAGUGGGCCCUGGGAGGAAGCCACAAGUGUAAAUGCAUCUGAUGCUUGUUCCGUGUUCCCUUGGAGAGAGAACUUUGGUUCCUCUUCCUCUUUGGUGAUACGCAGUGCAGUGUGCAGCUCUGGCGAAAGACACAGGCCAUUCCUAAAACGAAUCUCCUCUUACACAUAAACCAUUAGGAAUUGGUGGUGGUGGUGCAUGGCUAGUUGCCUGACUCUGAUAUAUCUUGCAUGGACAUCUCUUUUCUUUUUUAUGACAACAAAAUAAUUUAAGGAUCUGGCUUUUUGUGUGUGCUGCUGUCCUUGUUUCGGAUUGUAUUUUUAUUUCAUACCGUUGUAAUUUGCCGCUUUAUUUGGUAAAGAGGAACCAAAACUGUGAAGGGUUAGGUUGAAAAGGCAGCAUAGAAAUGUGUAGAUAAAUAAAAAUGAUCCGCAGCCUCAAAAGCUUGAAGUAUAAAGUCAAGAUGGGGGGGCGGCGGCAAUGUGGAAUGCUGCAGUAAUACAUGUAUUGCAUAGUGCAAGCACAAGGAGGGAAGUUGACCAGUUCCCCAACUAUCCUAACUCAGGUUGCUUCUCUUUUUCUCCAUUUCCACCCUCUCCCCCCAAAUGCCUUUGUUCCUUUCCGUAGGAUCUUUUCCUCUAACCUCAAAGAGAGGAUGGCCCAGAGGUUCUACAAUCUGGUGCUUCUCCCGCGAGUCAGAGAUGACAUUGCUGAAUAUAAGCGCCUCAACUUCCAUCUUUACAUGGCGUUGAAGAAGGCCUUGUUCAAACCUGGAGCCUGGUUCAAAGGUGAGUGGAAAGUUGACCUUGCAGGACAAAUACAUGGAAAUGAGGUUUAUCCAGGGGUUCGUAUAUUUCACUAUAACACAAGAGCCUGCUGGAUCAGGCCGACGACCCAUCUGGUCCAGCAUCCUGUUCUCACAGUGGCUACCUAGAGGCCUGAGAGAAACCCUCAAGCAGAAUCUGAACACACAAGAGCCCUCUCCCCUCUUGUGGUUUCCAGCCACUGGCAUUUGGAAGCUUUGCUGCCUCUGGAACACAAUUCACGGUAGUUGAAAAUUAUCAAAAUAUGCACUUGAUAAAUAUGCAUUUAUCACAUAUUUUGUGAGGGUUUGUUUUGUGAGGGUUUGUUUUUCAACAACAAAACCCCAAAUACAGAAUGGAAUUAUGAGUGAAAUCAUUACCAACCUGACACAAAGUGGAAAGAAAGAAAAUUCCUGCUGCUCAGUCCUCUCUCCCCCCCCCCCCCAAAAAAAAAAGUUGGCAGUUUUCUCUCUGACAGGCUCCAGUCCCAGAAGUAAGACAGGCUAGGAGGAAAGCCUCAAGGGGAAGCUGCUUCUGGGUUUGGUGAAUUAUUCUUAAACUUGAUUUUAUUGAUAAAUAAUACUGAACUGUGCAGGUGUUGUUAGUGUGGUAUGUGUGUGUGUUGCAUAUUCUUGCAUCAGCCUUCUAGAUGCGAAAGAACUGAAUGAUUUCCCCCCCCCCUUAAAAAAUAGUUUUAGCCUGUGAUGAAACACUUUCUGUGUCUUUAUAAGAGAUGACUAUAUGAUGCUCCUUUCUCUCCCCCAUCAUCUCCCCAGGGAUCCUUCUCCCCAUAUGUGAGUCAGGAACAUGCACACUUCGAGAAGCCAUCAUUGUGGGCAGCAUCCUCACCAAGUGUUCCAUCCCUGUCCUUCACUCUGGGUAAGAAGAGUUAGGCUAAUUUCGAGGUGGAAGGGAAAUUGCACUAAUGAUAACAAUAAUAAAUAAUUUUAUUAUUUAUACCCCACCCAUUUGGCUGUGUUUCCCCAGCCACUCUGGAAUGGUAGGACUGGAUAGGCUUUCCUGCCUUUUCUCCCAUGCAUUUCUCUCCCCCCUGGGGGGGGGGUCAGAAACACCUUUGCUGUCUUGGGGAAAGUCUUCCUAAGCCUGCAUGGGCUUCCCCAUUACAGAUUGUAUUCUGAAGCCACGCUUGUAGCUGGACUGAGGGUCUGCAGUGUGACUAUCAAAGGAACCUGCCAGAGAGUACUUAACUAAACUGUGGCAAUUUGCUUGUGUCACUUUUUCUCUUCCCUUGGCUUUCAUGAAUGGAGGGUCAUCCAUUGAUGUGGACCUGCAGCAAAGCCUCAUUUGCUCCUCCUCCUUCCCCUCCUCCACCCCCACAGGGCUGCUAUGCUAAAGAUUGCUGAGAUGGAGUACAGUGGCGCCAAUAGCAUCUUUCUCCGCCUGCUCAUUGACAAGAAGUACGCCUUGCCUUUCCGCGUGGUGGAUGCCCUGGUCUUUCACUUCCUCGCCUUCCGGACGGACCGACGCACCCUGCCCGUCCUCUGGCACCAGUGCCUCCUGACCUUUGCCCAGCGAUACAAAGAGGACCUGUCCUCAGAGCAGAAAGAAGCCCUCUUAGAGCUGCUCAAGUUUCACAGCCACCCCCAGAUCUCUCCAGAGAUCCGCAGGGAGCUAGUGAACUCCAAGUGCCGGGAUGUGGAGGGGAUGCAGCCAGUGGCAAUGGAGUGAACGGAGGAUGGGAAGGGGGACUCCACAGAUUGUGAUCACGGCAGAACUUCUGAGUCAAAGGCAGGUGCUGGUUUGAACUUGAAGCUACAGCACGCUGUCGAACAAAUAGGGUUUGUACCCUCACUGCUUUGAUUCACAGAAGCCUUAUUUAUGCAGGGUUGAAAGUAUUUGUAGGCCCUCUGCCCCCUUUUGACUCAACAUGCAUUCAUGGUGAUUAGAAACCAGCAUCCCUCCCAUGAGAAAUGGGUCCCCCUUUUUGCGAUAGAGCUGCUGGUAAAGGGCUUCAGUGACUACUUGCCCCUUUUGAGGUCCUGGUGGAUGCAAGUUGCUGAUCAACAGCAGGGAGAUAAACUGUUGAGCUGCAGAUUAGUAAGGGAGGAAAGAGCAUCUACCAACUGCACGGGGUUGUAAUUGCUCUGUAGGAUCUGGCCACCAGUGGAAGUAUUGGUAGCCAAGAAUCUUACCCUUUUACAGCAGGGGGGACCAGUCUUGGUGGCCCGUGAGCUGUAUCCAGCCUUUCUGGCCUGUUUGGCUCAGAGGUGGCGUCUGGCAUGUUGCUGCUGGUCUCACAGGGGCUGUUGGGUUGAAUGUCGCCCUUCUGUGAUGAAUGUGGGCUGCGUUGCUUUUGAGGAUGACACAGCCCAAGCACCACACAUUGUGCCUGAAAGCCAUAAACUCCCGAACUGGCCGCCCACUUGCCUUUCCUGGUUGUCAGUUGGGGAAAACUGCAUUGGGGUGGGAAGCCUCUGGCCCUCCAGAUGUUGUAGGAAUCCCCACAUCCCAUUUGCUCCAGCCAACGUUGCAAAUUGCCAUGUAUGGUGGGAGCUGUAGUCCAGCUACAUCUAGAGGGCCAUAGGCUCCCCAACCUUGAGCUAGGCCUAAGCUGUUUCUCUGAACAAGUCUUUGGAAAACCAUCUUACACCCAGCUCAGCACAACUUGCCUGAGGCUUGUAUGCUGCCUCUGACCUGGGCGGUCUCCAGCACUGGAAUAGAGAAAUGCUCCAGGGAUCUUUUGUGAUGAUAUGAAGUCACCUUGGGCAUUGAGGCUGGGCUGCUCAACCCCCACAUAGCUAGACUGGCUGAAGAAGACUUGGACCCCUGGAACAAGUUAGCCAUUGACAGUUGAGAUGCACCGAGUCCCUGCUGCCCCAUCCUCGGUUAAUUUGAUGCUCUUCCUAUUGUUUUCCCAUAUAAGCAGCAGCCAUCAUGUAUGUCAUCAGGUUACUGUAGCUGAGCACCCCAUAUUCUUGUCUCUUUCCCUGUCCCCUCUAGGUAGAUGUUCAUAGCUAAAUCUGUCAGCUGGGUAUUUAUACAUUUGAAGGUUAUAUUUUUGGCUUUCUGGGUUUCUAUGGCUAUUCAUAGUACAGCUCUAAAAAUAAAGGCAUGCUAGAGCUUGAUUAAUGCCCAUACUGCUGGUAUAUAAAACCCAAAUGAGGUGCAUAAGUUUGAAAUUACACGUAAUGCCCAGAAUAAAUAUCUGAGUAACCAGCAACCUUUUUUCAGAAAAGUUAUUAAUUAAAUUUGUAUAUCGUCCUUCAUCCAAAGAGCACAGGGCAGUUCACAACAGAAAAAUACACAACGAGAACACAAAAUACAUAAUAAAACAAAAGCAGGCCAAUAAUCCUGCUCUCACAAACACAUUUAAAAGGUCAUGGAAUGCUAAUCAGACAAAGGCCUGUAUAUAGAGAAAGCUUUUGAUCUGGCACCUAAAAAUAUGUAAUGAAGACACCAGAUGAACCUCCAUGAGGGCAGCAUUCCACAAAUGGGGAGCCACCACAGAAAAUGCCUGUUUUUGUACUGCCACCUUCUGGACCUUUCGUGGAGGGGAAACAAGAAGGGCCUCAGAUGAUGAUCACAAGAGUCCCAGGUUGGUUCAUGUGGGGAGAGGCAGUCCUUGAGGUAUUGCAACCCUGAGCUGUUGUAAGGCGCUAUAUGUCAAAUCCAGCACUUUGAAUUGGGCCCAGAAAUAAAUUGGCAGCCAGUGGUCUGGCGAGGAUCGGUGUAAUAUGCUCAAUACACAUGCUGUGACAGAACAUAUGUGUAAAGAGCCCUGGAUGUUCCAGUAUAGAAUACAUAUAGUGCAUACAUGGCUCUUCAGUCACAUCUCCAGGUGCAAGGGGUUUGCAUGUUGCAUUUUUGCCUGUUCAAGGUGAAGGAUCUCCACUGGAGGCUUGUGGCUCAAAGCUCUUGCCUAUUCCUUCCUCUGUGGGAGGAGAGAAGUGCCUCUUCAAAAGAUGGUGUUUUCUUCCUGCACCAUUAAAUGCAAUUGCUUCCCAGUUAAUCAAGGGCACCUUGUUAAGUGAUCAAAAGCUUCUUAAAUACACCAACCACAUUUGGUGACUAAAGAUUGUGGCUCUAGUCUUUUACAACUUGUGUGUGUGUGCCCACCCCACCCACCACUUCCCUCCUCCCUUGUUACCAAAAUGGUCUGGUAAAUUGGACCAUAUUUCAAGUUGCAGCAAUAUUUAGGUUUUCGUGCUGCUGAAUUCGAGGCGUCCCCUGAGAACUAGAAACAGCUGUGAACAAUCACUUGUGGUGCUUUAACAAGCCUGUUCCCAUAGUGGCUUCUUUCCACGGUAUAUUUUCCCUGGCUUCCCUCUAUUAGCAGCAUGGGAACGGCAAUCUUUUCCCAGCUUGAUAGCUAGGCAGUGGGGGAAAGUGGGCACAGCUCUCGGGGGACUGGCCAGGCCACUGGAGGAGUGAAGGAAGGCUCUGUGCUGCCCUCUGGCUGCCCAUCCUUGCUCUAGAUGCUUGGGGUCUUGCUGCAGCCACGUUUCUAACGGUUAACAAGGAGAGGAUAUCUGAGGGCAACCCUCUCCUAUUGGUAAGGCACCAGCAACACUGGCC